AAAGGGCACACGGAAUGUCAUGUUAAGUAUAUUUUGUUUUGCCACUUCACAUAGCCGAAGUCUAUAUAAAGCCCGUUUCAUAACAACAUUUUUCACUGUUAAUUAGUACAUCCAAUGGCCAUUAAUUACAACUUCCUUUCCCUUGCCCUAAUUAUCUUCUCCACCAUUCUCCACCAUUGUCUCUCCGAGCUCUGCCAUCCUGAAGACAAGAAAGCCCUCCUCCAAAUCAAGAAAUUCUUCAACACCCCUAAUAUCUUCCCCUCGUGGGACCCGAAAACCGGUUGUUGCGGUUGGUACGGCCUCACUUGCGACUACAAAACCCACCGAGUAAAUGACCUCUUCCUCAACUACGCCGACCUCGCGGGACCGAUCCCGCCCCAAGUCGGCGACCUUCCCUAUCUCGAAACCCUCAUGUUCCACAAAAACCCAAACCUGACGGGACCGAUUCCACAGUCCAUCACCAAGCUAAAGAGGCUCCGGAUCCUCAGUAUAACCUGGACCAACCUCUCGGGUCCCAUCCCGGACUUCAUUGGCGAAAUCACCACCCUCGAUUUUCUUGAUCUCUCUUUCAACAAACUAACGGGACCGAUCCCGAGCUCCAUCGGUCGGCUGACGAAACUCACAGGCCUCCGGUUAGACCGUAACCAACUCACGGGACCGAUCCCGGCCUCAUUCGGGGAUCUCACUGGAGAUAAUUUUUAUCUCUACUUAUCGCACAACCAACUUUCUGGGAAAAUACCGGCCUCAGUGUUGAAAAAGGACUACACCUACAUGGACCUGUCGCGGAACAAGCUCGAGGGCGAUGCGUCGCUGCUGUUCGGAUCGGACAAGAAGAAUUUGGAGAUCGUGGACCUGUCGAGGAACUUGUUGGAGUUCGAUCUGUCGAAGGUCGAGUUUCCGAAGAGCUUGACCUAUUUAGAUCUAAACCACAACAAGAUAAUUGGGAGUCUUCCGGUGGGGCUGACCGAGCUGAGACUACAGCUGCUCAAUGUGAGUUACAACCAGCUGUGCGGGAAGAUCCCGGUCGGCGGGGAAUUGCAGACGAGGUUCGACUACUCAGCCUACUUCCAUAACCGCUGCUUGUGCGGAGCGCCGCUACCGAACUGCAAAUAGUUAGUUUCCUAUUUGGUUACUAUUAGUUUUCUAUUUGGUUACGUUUUUUGUUUUUGUUUUUUUUUUUACGUUGUUUGAAGCUAAAUAAUGGUAUGAAAUGUUGUAGGACUAAAGACUUGUAUUAAUUAACUUGUUUGAGAUGAUGUUUUGUUUAAGUUAAAAUUCCGUGUUUUGCUAAGAUGCUGAAACAGGACAUUGUAAUAAAAUCAAUUCGGUGCAGGUAAAGUUGAUAACAGUACGUUAUCACGGACGAAAA